AUGGUGGAGGAAAAGGAUUACCAGCACGGCAUCGAGCCGCGGUCUCUCGAGGCCAAUUAUCCGCGCAGCCCUUCAUCCGACGAGGAGUCCACUCUCGACGAGGAGUACGAGCCGCAGCCUCCACACAACGACCUCACGCCGGUCCCAACAAACACCAGCGCGAUCGCCCGCACGCUCUCCGCCGUGCGGACGCGCGAGUCAGGCAAAAAUAUCGGCCCGCCGCCCGACGGUGGCUUCCAGGCAUGGUUGCAGGUCGCACUUGGCCACAUGAUCAUCUUCAACACGUGGGGGUACAUCAACAGCUUCGGGGUGUUCCAGACGUACUACACGACGACAUUGGGGCGGCCACCGUCAGAUAUCUCGUGGGUGGGUAGCAUCCAAAUCUUCUUGCUGUUCUUUAUCGGCACAUUCUCAGGGCGCGCGACGGAUGCAGGCUACUUCCGGUUCACGCUGACGGUGGGCGCGACGAUCGAGUGCUUCAGCAUCUUCAUGACGUCGCUGUGCACGGAGUACUGGCAGCUGUUCCUGGCGCAGGGGCUGGGCCAGGGCAUUGGGUGCGGGCUGAUGUUCUGCCCGACACUGGCGCUGAUCUCGACGUACUUCGUCAAGCGGCGGGGAAUCGCGAUUGGCAUUGUUGCGUCCGGGUCGGCCACUGGGGGGAUGGUAUUUCCUGCGGUGGUGAUGCGGCUAUUGCCGCGCAUUGGGUACGGGUGGACGAUGCGCACAUUAGGCUUCAUUUCGCUGGUCACGCUGAUCCCGUGCCUGAUCUUUUUCAAGCAGCGGCUGCCGCCGCGUACGAGCGGGCCGCUGCUGGAGCUGGCGGCCUUCAAGGAAAUGCCGUACCUGCUGUUCGCCGUGGGCAUGUUCCUGAACUUCUGGGGCCUGUAUGUGGCCUUUUUCUACGUCGGCAGCUUCAGCCGCAACAUCAUCGGGGUGUCUGAGACUACCUCGAUCGACCUGCUGUUGGUUAUGAACGGCGUCGGACUCGUGGGUCGGCUCGUGCCUAAUCUGCUUGCAGAUCAGUUCACCGGCCCGCUCAACAUGCUGAUCCCGUUCAGCGGCGCGACGGCCGUGGCGGCGUUCUGCUGGGCCGCCGUGAAGGAUCUGUCCGGGCUGUGGGCGUUCGCAGCGUUAUAUGGCCUCUUCGCUGCGGGCGUUCAGUCCUUGUUCCCGGCGACGCUGAGCACCCUGACGACAGACUUGAAGAAGAUCGGCGUGCGCAUGGGUAUGGUGCUCAGCGUGGUGGCGGUGGCUGCGCUGAUCGGGUCGCCCAUCGCGGGUGCCUUGAUCCAGCGGGACGAUGGGAAUUAUCUGUAUGCGCAGAUGUUCAUGGGCAGUGCGAUUAUUGCAGGCACGCUGACUUUGAUCGCGGCGCGAGUAAGCAAGGUGGGCACGGGCAUCGCACGCGUUUAG